AUGAACCUCAAUGGAGACUAAAGGAAAGACUAAGGGAAGUCGUCCGAAUUCAGGCUUUUAAUUUAUUUACAACAUGAAGUUAGAUUUUUAAUAGUUGCUUUACAGACCUGUAGUUCAUACUUCGUGAACAAAACAGAAAAACAAGUUGCGGACAGAUCUUGAAGUUUGCCUACGUGUUUUGAAUGAGGAAAUCGUCUCAGGCUAACGUUAUGUAGCAAGCUAAUCUCAUUUAUUCAUUCGUAAGAUCGGCUAUCAUUUCAGAGACUGUUACACACCCGACACAAAGGCAUGACCGAGUACAAGCUUGUGGUGGUCGGGGCAGGAGGCGUGGGGAAGAGCGCUCUCACCAUCCAGCUCAUUCAGAACCACUUCGUUGAUGAAUAUGAUCCAACCAUUGAGGACUCCUACAGAAAACAGGUAGUGAUUGAUGGAGAGACCUGUCUGUUGGACAUCCUGGACACUGCAGGUCAGGAGGAGUACAGCGCCAUGAGGGACCAGUAUAUGAGGACAGGAGAGGGCUUCCUCUGUGUUUUUGCCAUCAACAACACCAAGUCCUUCGAGGACGUGCACCUCUACAGAGAGCAGAUCAACAGGGUAAAGGACAGUGACAGUGUUCCCAUGGUGCUGGUGGGCAAUAAGAGCGACCUGAGUACCCGCACGGUGGAGACGCGACAGGCGCAGGAGCUGGCACGAAGCUACGGAGUACCGUUUGUGGAGACCUCUGCCAAAACCAGACAGGGUGUGGAGGAAGCUUUCUAUUCGCUAGUGCGGGAGAUUAGAAGAUAUAAGGAGACCAACCGCAGCAACAAGAAGAGCAAGAAGAACACUCAGAGACGUUGCAUAAUACUAUAGCAAAACACACACACACCCACACACCAGCAGCAUCCCUUACAGCACUUGUUUCAUGCUCCCCCUCACACACUGCGCCUCCUCUGCCACGUUGGAGACGUCCAGCACAGCUCUGGACAAGGAGGCAGAUGUGGCAAAAUCAAUUUUCACUGCUGUCCCACAUUCCACUUACAAGAUUUGCCAUUAAUUCAUCCACUGUGCAGUGUCAUUUAACGCUGCGAAUCCAGUCAGGGUUUAUUUUUAGUUUUGUUUUUUUUUUUAUGACCAAACAACUAGAAACUUUUUUUAUCUUCUUCUUCUUUUUGGUUAAGGUCAGCAUUUGUGCAAACUUAAUUUGAGUCUCUGGUAGAACAUUUUUUUCCCCCCAAGACUCAAAAUGAGAAGUUGUCUGGGAAGAUAAUUCUCUUUUUCAAAGUGUAAUUUGUUCGGUCAGUGUUGUUCAGUUCAGCUUCUGUUGACUAUAUAGGGGUCAGGGUUCACAGUGGUGCGUCACCACACUAUGUACUGUCACAUCAGGUGACUCAGUCCAAAUCUCUAGGACUGGACAUUUUGUUUAGAGUGGUGAAAUUUGUGAUUAAUUUGUAUGCAAUUGCUAGGUACACAUCUGUCUCCAUGAAGCCCCAAAAAUUACGUGAAAGCAGUGUUGUAGCAUCCUAUAGGAUGCUGUUAAACAUUUGGCUUCCAGAUGAUUGGUCAAAACUUUUUGGAAGUUUAGGAAAAAUGUGUCUUCCCCUCGUGUUUUUUUCAUGUUAGUGUGUCCUCUGGGGCUUGAAACACAACAGCAAUGUCUAGUUUUUUAUGUUUGUCAGAUCACAUUCCAAUGAAAAUGUUUUUUAAGGAUAGGCUCAUCACAGUAUCAAAGCCUCAGAAUUGUGUUCGAGACUCCUAGGUGCACUUUAUUGAUUUCCUGUUUGGUAGAAUUUAGGAUUAAGUUUGUGCCAUUUUACUCAGGAAUAUAGUGUUUUAUCAGGAACUGAGGAGUAACAAACCGAGAGCUGUGUCAAAUGAUUGCUUGAGAUGUGAUGCCUGCAUCCGUCAUGUCAGCCAUCAUUAACUUACUGUUCGAAGUGUCAGCCCUGCUGUUUGUUCCACACAGUAACACUGUAUUCUGAAGUUCACAUUUAAUGCAAUUGUUAAGUCACACCCAGUAUUGCUGGUGGUUACAGUGUUACAUCGCUGUGUCCAAGCACUGUUGCUACACCACACUCUGCCAGAGCAGCAUAUAGCAUGUGCAGCUAUCAAUGUGGUACCACAUUUAAACCACAACGAUGCUGAAGCCAGUGUGGGUGGGAAACACAGCGAGUCCUGAUCAGACUUGGUGCUGGAUGACAAGGAUAUUCAAUAGGGCAUCUUUUUUUUUUUUUUUUUUUUACAGCAGUGUUUGUCUUCUUUGAUAAUUACUAUCACCCUAAAUGUACUGGGUUGUUAAAUUUCUAUUUUUGUAGCAUUACAAAUCUUCCCCCGAUUUAAAAGACAACAUCAGUGAAUCCAUCCAUGAAGGAUUCCUGCUUUGCUAUGGUGUUAAACCGGCAGCAGUGUCAUUAACUGGACUUAAUGUAGUUCCGUUGUUAAAACAGAGUGACUCUAAAGAUGUGAUUUGAACCCAGUAAGUCUCUCACUGACAGCUGUGUAAAAUCUGUAAUGCACUCUGCUGUAACGAACAAGUAAAUGUCUUUAGCUUUUACGUCUUGUCUGUUUUGUUUAUCCAGGAUGGCUCCUUUAGGAGUUUUCAGGAGGUUAAAUGUAUUUUCACAACAUGUAAAAUA